UUUUACCAACAAUUCUCAUUUUUCAGCAAAGAUGAAAAUAUAUACACUGAUUUUAAGAAAUGAAAGCACAAUGAUACUACAAUUUUAACACAAGGAAGGUACAACUUAUUUUUGAUAAAAUAAAGUUAGAAAGACUGAUACACGAAUCAGUGUAGAAACUAGAAAACAUAGGACAUAAUUUUUUUUUUUUUUGAAUUAGAUAGGACAUAAAUAGUUGAUUGUACAAUAUUUAUAGUUUUGGCAUAAGUUGCUUAGCUUAAGUAGCACUUAAUUCAAUAUCUAUACUGAUUAAUUCAUCACCAACAAAGUAUUUAAAAAUUAAAAGUAAAAACAAUAUUUCUGUUUAAUAAAGUCCAGUUUACUGUUUACCUAUUCUAUUGUUUUCUUAUUUUGCUUUUCGCAAAGCCUAUUUAACACAUUCCCCCCCUUUUUUAAAAUCAACUUAACCUAGCUUCUGCACUGACGUCUUCGAUUUUGCUCUCUACAAAUUCCUCUAAAAAGAAGAGUGAGAAUGAGGCGGAAUCACGCUGCCAUGAUUUUGGGAAGAAUUAUCUCCAAUUCUUCGUUCAAUUCCUCCACUUCCCCACAUUAUCAAUCAUUUCUUGUAAAACCCAGAUUCAAUUUUGAUAAUGUCAGCUGCCAAAUGAGACACUUAUCCUCCUAUCCCAGAUUCGAUUUCGGAUCUAUGCGUGAUGCGGAUGAAGCCAUCGCUCUAUUUCGGGAGAUGAUGAGAACGGAGCCGCUUCCUUCUGUUAUUGAUUUCACGAAAUUGCUGAGUGCUGUGGUCAAGAUGAAACAAUACUCUCUCGCCCUUCAUCUGUUCGACGAAAUGCUUCAAAGAAAUGCUCCUGUAGAUCACUACACGUUGAGUAUCGCGAUCGAUUGCUAUUGCCGACUGAAGAGACCUGAUUUUGGGUUUGCGAUCUUAGGCAAUUUUUUCAAGCUUGGGUUCGAGCCUACUGUGGUGACCUUUACCACUCUCAUUAAAGGGCUAUUGUUGGUUGGAAGGAUCCCAGAGGCAGCUAAAGUGUUGAAGAAGCUGUUGGUCUUCCAAUUAUGCGAGCCCAAUGAACACACGUAUAGUACUAUGAUUAAUGGGAUAUGCAAAGCUGUAGGUAGUCUCGAGGCGAUUGAUUUGCUCUGCUUAUUGGAAAAAGAAAAGGGAAACUGCAAACCCAAUGCGUAUGCUUACAAUGCAGUCAUUGAUGGUCUAUGCAAGGAUGGAAAGGUGGACGAUGCUCUCCAACUCUUCUCCACCUUGGGUGAUAAGGGGAUUUCACCGACUGUCGUGACAUAUAAUUCAAUAAUUGAGGGAUUACACAAGACAAGAAGAAUGGAUGAGGCUGAAGACGUUUUAAAGAAGAUGAUUGCCAAUAAGGUUUGUCCAAGUGUGGUGACGUGUAAUAUCUUUGUGGAUGCUUGGUGCAAAGAUGGAAAGGUGGAAGAGGCUGAGCAUAUGUUGGUAUCUAUGAAGGAGAUUGAUGUUCAACCCAACAUUGUCAUUUACAAUACAUUGAUAAAUGGAUAUUGUAUGCAAGGAAAAAUGGACGAAGCCGGACGCAUCUUCCAGUUGGCAGUGAAUUCAGGAAUCAAGCCCAAUAUCAUAAGCUACAAUAGCUUGAUGAACGGGUAUUGCAUAAAGGGGCAAAUCGAUGAAGUUUCACGUCUUUUUUUCAUAAUUCCCUACCAAAGGUUAGAGCGCGAUGUGGUUUCUUAUAACAUAAUGCUACAAGCCUUAUUUCGUGAAGGCAAAUGUGAAGACGGUUUGAAGCUGUUCAAAGAGAUGGAAGCUCUGCGAGUGUCUCCUAAUAUAAAGACUUACAAUGUCUUAUUGGAUGGUUUGUGUGGAGUUCAUCGUAUUGCUGAUGCAUUUUCGGUGUUGCAUACCAUGAAAGAUAAAGGCAUCAUUCCAGGCAUAGUGACUUAUACUAUCCUCGUUGAGGGAUUAUGCCAUGAUAAUAAAGUCACACAAGCAAAGGAUCUAUUCGACGAGCUUCCGUCCAAAGGUAUGCAGCCUAAUGCCAUAACAUAUACAGUCCUUAUCCGUGCAUUUUGUGAAGAAGGGCAGAUAGAGGAGGCUAAGGAAUUGAUGAUGCAAAUGGCAAACAAAGGUUGUUUGCCUAAUAAUGUGACGUACAAUGUUUUUCUUCGAGGUCUUCUCAAAAGGAACAAGACACGUGAUGCAAUUCCACUGUUGGAAGAGAUGGAUGCAAGGGGUUUCACACUUGACGAAACUACUUUUUCGAUGUUGAUUGAACCUGUGGUAAGGGAAGGUAGAGAUAGUGUUUUAUUUGAUAAGGUUAAGAAACUUGUACCAAAGGACCUCUUUUCUAAAUAGGUGUUAUAUUGUGUUAGAAGUUGAGGAAUUAUUUAACCAAAAGUGAGGGGAACGUGCAAGUGCUUAUAUGUUUGCUUAA